AGUCAAGUUUGGGAUUUUGUGCGCGCCGGACGAAGAAUUGAUUUUUUGCCGUGUCGACACCUUUUGGGUCUUGUCCUUGGUCAAAGAUCAGUGUCUCGUUGUACAAUACAUAAAAAGCUAUUGAGAAUGGAAUUGUUAAUAGGAGUGAUCAGUGAUCUCUCAGCUGUUGUCUCAAGUGGAGCCAUGAGAAAUUGAACUCUGCUCCUCGGGUCGCCAAUGUCUAGUUGUUGUAAUUUGUAAGGCAUGCCAAAAUUGGCGGAAUUGCUCCAAUUGUGCUUCGAUAAGACGAAUUGUUUUGAAUUUUGUAUCGCGAGUACGCAUAAUUGGCUUUAGUGCGUGUUGCACAUUCAAUUGACUGUUAUAAAUUCUCAAAUGGAAGAUUCUGUUGCCUUCGAGGCAGCUCUCAUCAUCACGAUAUCACAUUCCUCCAGUGUCUAGUCUGAGCUUGAUAGAUAUUGCCAUUUUUCUUUCACUCUUGAACCUUAAGUCCAUAACUAGAGAAGUUAUAUAAAUCGCCUGAUUGCAUGCGAAUGGAAGGACUCUGAUGGAAUCUCUGUGAAAAAGUACUUUUUCCCAUAAUCUAUAAUUUGUUCUGGACACGAAAAUAAACCCUUCGCUGUCUGUGGAGAUUUGCAAGCAAAAAAAAAAGAACUUGAAAUAGAAAUACAUAAGGUUUUUGUAGUGGAAGACGGAAGUGCACAAGAAUGGGAAAGCACCGGAACAGCGUUCCAUCGGGCUGUAGCAGCUUAGAGAGUCUCGCUUCGGUUCCUCAGGCCCCUCAGGCAUUUCGCCUUAGUCAGUAUGACUCAAUGGUGAACUUCCUCAACAAUCACACCAGAACGACAUUGGGCGCUCCCUCGAAGGGCGAGUCUUCGUCCACCCUACAACCACCCCAACCACCAAUCUGGGUCAAGCGCUCCAUUGACCAAAAUAAUCUCUGCAAUGGCUCAGUGGUCAACACACCAGGGCAUCAGUUAGUAAGGAAGGUGCACAACCAGAGUCCCAAUGGUCAGAAGAAGCUCAUGGUGACACUUACACACUUGCCCAAUCGACCACCUGUCGAUAUUGAAUUCAACGAUAUCGCAUACUCAGUGUCCGAGGGGCGGAAGCGUGGCUUUAAAACCAUUCUCAAAGCGGUCAAUGGAAAAUUUAAAUCGGGUCUCUUAACUGCCAUUAUGGGUCCAUCGGGAGCUGGGAAGAGUACCCUGAUGAACAUUUUGGCUGGCUACAAAACCUCCCACCUCAGCGGAACUGUGAUGAUUAAUGGAAAGGAGCGGAAUCUCAGACGAUUCCGUAAGCUUUCAUGUUACAUCAUGCAAGAUGAUCGGCUGCUGCCAUAUAUCACGGUCCGGGAAGCCAUGAUGAUCUCGGCAAACCUUAAACUGGGCAAAGACAUGACAGUAGCCGUUAAGAAAGUCGUAGUUGAGGAAAUCAUUGAGACUCUGGGUCUAGUUGAAUGCAGUGAUACCCUGACACUGAACCUUUCCGGAGGCCAGAGAAAACGCCUCUCAAUUGCCCUGGAAUUGGUCAAUAAUCCCCCGGUGAUGUUCUUCGACGAGCCAACCAGCGGCCUGGACAGCUCAACGUGCUUCCAGCUGAUUUCUCUGCUGAAGAAUCUAGCUCGAGGUGGCAGAACUGUGGUCUGCACAAUUCAUCAGCCUUCAGCGAGGCUUUUUGAGAUGUUCGACCAUCUCUAUAUGUUGGCUGAGGGUCAGUGUAUCUACAAAGGGUCUGUACGGGGGCUGGUUCCCUUUCUGUCAGAUCUCGGCUUUGACUGCCCGAGUUAUCACAAUCCAGCUGAUUACGUUAUGGAAGUUGCUUGCGGUGACUACGGUGAGUCUCUGCAUAAGCUGGUGAUGGCCGUAAAGAAUGGCAAAUGUGCCAACUACGUCACUUCAUCGUCCAACGAAAAGUUAAUAGGCAACGGAAGCAAUGGGAUUGCCAAUGAUAUCUCCAAACCGCACAAUUCCACAGCCCUCCGCCCUGGCGAUGUUCAAGAGACGUCGCUGACCAAAUUCCCACCCUCAAAGUCCGACUAUACCGCCAUUACGAUGCCCGAGGAGAAAACUGCCAAGAGCACAGCACCUACAACUCCCGGAGCCACAUGCACCACCUCUCUCCUGGACUCUAGCGAGAGUGUUGUUGCCCUGCCCAGUAACUCUGGCUUCCCCACAUCCGGAUGGCUUCAGUUCUGGAUCCUACUCAAGCGCACCUUCUUAACUAUCAUGCGAGAUCAGCAGUUAACUCAUAUGCGAUUGCUGUCGCAUGUGAUUGUCGGGACUAUCAUUGGGAUGAUCUACUACGAUAUUGGCAAUCAGGCAUCAAAGGUUAUGAGCAACGCUGGAUGCGUCUUCUUUACAGUUCUCUUUACCAUGUUUACCGCAAUGAUGCCCACUAUUCUGACAUUCCCAACGGAGAUGGCGGUUUUUGUUCGAGAACAUCUCAACUAUUGGUACUCACUCAAGGCUUUCUACUUUGCCAAAACCAUGGCGGACCUACCCUUCCAAAUUCUCUUCUCCAGCGUCUACGUCGGUGUAGUGUACUACUUGACGUCGCAACCAAUGGAAUGGACUCGGGUUUCAAUGUUCGUCCUGAUCUGUUUGCUCACAUCCCUUGUGGCUCAGAGCCUGGGAUUGCUGAUGGGGGCGGGAUUGAGCGUGGAGCUGGGAGUUUUCCUGGGUCCAGUUUCUACCAUUCCUACAAUACUCUUCUCUGGAUUCUUUGUCAACCUGGACACUAUUCCGGGUUAUCUGCAAUGGGUAACAUACGUCAGCUAUGUUCGAUAUGGAUUUGAAGGUGCUAUGAUUGCCGUUUAUGGGAUGGAUCGUGAGAAGAUGCAAUGCUCAGAGAUAUACUGUCACUUCAGGAGUCCAAAGAAAUUCCUCGAGGAGAUGUCAAUGGAGAAGGCAGAAUUUUGGAUUGAUGCUACAGCACUCAUUGGUAUCUUCAUAGCACUCAGAAUUGUGGCAUAUUUUGUACUCCGCUGGAAAAUACAUUCCAUCCGCUAAGAAAAUCAAUUAAUCAACAAAUUUUUCUUACAAAUUUGAACAUGCAACUUUAUAACUUCUUCGUGGUAUAGAAAUUGGUAGAAUUGUUUACCUAUAAAUAAUCAUAGUUCGAUAGAAUAAUCCUGACGUAGGAAGUAUAAAAUCACAAAAUAUCGCUGCAUUGUAGAUGAUGUUGAAGGGUUAUGGACAUAUGUCCAUUACCCUUCUCAAAUUGGUAGACUUUGAUGGGACUGUCACGAAGGAAAUCACAUUUUUUUGGUCAAUAUUAUACAAUAUUAAUGAAAAUUCUAUAUUUAUUGGAUAACAUUUAUUGAAAAGAUUGAAUUAGAGAAUACGUAUAUUUUGUACGUCACUACCUUUUGAUAUUAUCAUUAGUAUUUAGAUUUGUGGAUUUUAUUCUGUAAUUUUGGAGUUUAGAAAGUAAAAGAAAAUAACAUGAAAAAAAAUAUGCAUUAUUUAGGCCUCUUUUAGAUGAAAGAGUAAAAAGAUAUUAACUGACAGAAAACUAUUCAUACUAUCGAAUGCAUGAAUAACUGCAAUUUUUUUUUGCAAUCAAUCGUAAUUUUAGGUAUCGUGGUUCUAUAAGAAGAAUAUUUUUGUUUUAAAAAGAAGCAUUAGGAUUUUCUAAAAACGAUUGCUGAAAUAUAAAAGAAAUUUAGAUUAUCAAACGAUUUAUAGAGCUUACUAGCAUUUCUGUACGCAAGAAUAAUGGCAAAACUUGAAAAAUAUGCUAUAAACCUUCCAAAACCAUAAAAACUAUUAAAUAAUAACAUUUAACCUAACCUUUAACAAAAUUAAAAUCUCCCCAAUUUCUCGAAAAAUUGUUUCAGAAAUCGUUUUUACAAAAUCCCAUUCUAUUGCAGAUAUUUUGAAAUCAUUUUGGAAAUUGCACAAAAAGUAAACAUUAGGAUUUCUUCAAAAGAAAUCUGUGACAAAAAAAAAAGAAUAAAGCAAAAAAAAACCAUUUAUAAUAAAAUGCGCAAUAGACAGCAAGAAAAAAAAAGAACAACGGAAAACUUUAAGCAACUUUUCAUUAUUGUGAUAAAUACAGUAUUUAGGAGUUUUAACAAUGACUACUCUCGCAAAAAGAAUGAUAAAUACCCUUUUUCUCCUUUCCACAUUUACAUAAAUUGUGUAAUUUCCAUUUCUUUUAGGUGCUCAUUGAACAAACUCACCCAUAGAAUACUGAUUAUUUCGUUUAGCAAUAGCCGUUGAAUUUAUUUAUGUUAAUUGACUUGCUCCUUUUCAGUAAAAGGAUGAAUUUAUAAAGCUAGCCCGUGAGAUUCACAAAAGUAAAAGAAAAGAAAAACUGAAUGAGGCAUGAAAAAAUCAAUUUUGUGAUAAUUAAAUGACUAAAUAGAGAAAUAAUAGAACAGAAAAGAAAAAAAAACGGAUGAAAUAACAAUGGAUCUCGAUAGCACACACCCCAAUAAAUUCGACCCUUUAACCCCUUUUCCACGUCGGAAAAUCGCGAGAAAAAAAAUGGAAAAUAUUCAAAUAGUGUGAUGAAAAUAGCCCCACAACAACAGUUUUUAUUUGGUAAAAAAAUCAAUAAAUCAAGUGAAAUAAAUCAUAAA